AUGCAAGCUUGUUACUACGAUGGUGAUAGCAGGCCCUCCAUACCUCUGCUCCCUAAUGCUAUUGCCUUUUACGCUGGUGAAUCUGGCCGUUCGAGAAUCUCGCACGUAUACCCGUCCAGUACAAAUCAACAUUGGUACAUCCUCGACGUGGAAGUUAACGACCUGGAUCGCAUCAUACCCCUGGCCAACUACCUUCCAUACGUUCAAUGGGCACCCGACCGGACUGCACGGGAACUCGACCUAGUCAGCCACGUGCCAUUUUGGAUUGUCACCAGUGCAGGCCUUGGUGUCCCUGUCAUGCAUAAAGAUACCACCUCAUUGAUGCACGGGGACAAGCUAUUUGAGUAUUCGAGACGUGGACUCAGGUAUUCUGUGUUUGUUACUAUCAAUUGGCCUGGGUACCCUGCCUGGAAAGCUCAGGUGAAGAUGAUGGAGAAAACGAUAUUAUCCGGCGGAGGUCCGUUCACUUACAGAAGGCUUGUCAAUCAAGUCAAGUGCAAGAUUCGCAAGUUCUUUCGUGAACAUGAAGGUCGCGAGACGUCUAAUCCGCACUGGGCCGUCGGCACCUUGGAGGGCCGUAUAUCAGCCAUAGACGUGACUUUACUCGCCAUCAUCAAUGUGUCGCCGGGCAGAGUAAUUCCUGUCCUCAAAUUACGUGAUGGGUUCAUAUUCGCCGAUGUUGCCGGCCCUGAGCAGUAA